AUGAAGAUCUACACUCCGCUCAUCCUUCUUGCUGGAUGCUUCCAGGCAACCAGAGCUUCCUGGCUUGAGCUGAUCAGCAUGAACUUUGACACCAGAGGCGUUUUCCACGAUGACGGGGAUCUCGGCUUUAUUGAUAGAGACUUCAAUGACGGUUGCAGCCAGCGCAGAAUCCCUGGCAUCACGGAGUUGUGUAUGGAUUGGGGCCUACGUCGAGCUCACCUCUUUACAAACUCGGGAGUGCGCCACUGUUAUUCACAAAGGUCACAAGCUUGGAUCAGAGGAAAUGGCCCUGAUCAAAGACUGGGGGCCAUUUGGUAUUACCAGUGGACCGAGGUAGCCUGUACCUGGCCGGCCAAGAGAGCUCUACUCGACGAGACUGAGACAGUUGACAAACGUGGUAUAGAGGAGGGAAUACCCGAGCCUAACGAGAGGAAAAGGAGCCCCGGCUCCCCAGCUUACACUCGAAGACGCCGUACGCAGAAAGAGGAGGAGGAGAACAGGGAGGUUAUCCUUAACCCACCUCUCUAG